GGUGAAGGUUUUGGUUUUUACUUGUUAUUGAAAGUGAGGGUUUAGGAUCAAAAGAGCUCUAAUUGGGCGCUUUAAGGGAAUUUUUGUGUUUCUUUUGGUUUGAGUGAGUUCAUUAAGGUUCUGGCUAGUUAGCUGGCUUGGCCUAUAGCUGUGGUUUUUUCUUAAAUAUUGAAUAUUGAUUCUAGUUGACAAGAUGUUGGGCAUUUAAUAGCUUGGUUGGUUGGUAUCAAGUAGAAACUAGGAAUAUUUUUGGCUUCAAUGAUUAGGUGAUACUGUUUGGUUAGCUGCUGUAGUUUAUGCUAUUUUGAUAGAGGGGAAUCAUCAACCUUCUCGUGCAAGGAAUGAAAUUUCUGAGGAAUUGGAGUUAAAACUGUUCCAUCUUUGCUUUGCCAAAAGUUGCCCAAGAUUAUUUGUAGUGCUAUUUGUGAGAUAUGUCGGCCAUUGUUGUUUAAGUUUGUGUUAUUAUGUAAUAUUGCUGGUACUAAUUCAAAUUUCUGUUUGCUUCCUUUUGGUUGUUGAGGUUCUGCUUGUAAGUUUAUGGUGUGGGAUUAAGAGUAACAAUUUGCUGACCAAGAGCUUUAUGAACUACAAUACUAGCAUUCACAUGUCAUUUCCAAAUGAUGAAACGCGGAGUUUCUACCAGGCCAGGAUGGAAAGAAGAGGCCUCCAAUCAAGAAGGGAGGCAGCGGAAGUCCAGGAUCGGGCCUGGCUAACGAAUAGUCUUCUAAGAGCCAGGUCCAAACCUAAUGAUGAUGAUGACGACAAAGCCUUUUCGGGUUGGCAAUCAGGACAGCUGCUCGGGUGCUUCUUCAUUCAACCGAUUUCAAGUCAGGCCUGGGAUGGUGUCAUUGUCAUAGCAGCUGAUUUUCAAGCACUUCAAGCGUUUAAGCAAGAGUUAAUUGACCCAAAAGGGUUCUUAAAGAGCUGGAACGACAGUGGCUAUGGAGCUUGUUCUGGUGGUUGGGUUGGAAUCAAGUGUGCUCAAGGGCAAGUCAUAGUUAUCCAACUCCCAUGGAAAGGACUAGGUGGCAGAAUCACUGAGAAAAUUGGGCAAUUCCAAGCACUUCGAAAGCUUAGCCUUCAUGAUAAUCUCAUUGGCGGCUCCAUCCCUCAAGCAUUAGGCAUUCUCCCUGAUCUUAGAGGUGUUCAGCUGUUCAGUAACAGGCUUUCAGGUUCAAUUCCUGCUUCAUUAGGUUCAUGUCCUUUGCUUCAAACUCUUGACCUUAGUAAUAAUUCACUCACUGGGACAAUCCCUGAGAGUCUUGCAAACUCUACUAAGCUUUACAGGCUCAACGUUAGCUUCAAUUCUUUGUCAGGAUCAAUCCCAGUUUCUUUCACUCAUUCUACUUCUCUUAUUUUUCUUGCACUUCAACACAACAACCUUUCUGGUUCUAUCCCAGAUUCUUGGGGUGCAACACAAAAGAAUAGCUUUUAUCAACUUCAAUACUUAACCCUUGACCAUAACUUCCUUUCUGGAAGCAUACCUGCCUCUUUAGGAAAGUUAAGUGAGCUCCAAGAGGUUUCUCUUAGUCAUAAUCUGAUUACUGGACCCAUACCAAGUCUUAUGGGAAGUCUUUCUAUGCUCAGGAAUCUAGAUCUUUCUAAUAAUGCAAUUAAUGGAAGCUUGCCUUCUAGUCUCUCCAACCUUUCCUCUCUUGUUCUGUUAAACCUGGAAAGCAAUGAUCUUGAAAAUCAAAUACCAGAAUCCAUUGACAGUUUACAUAACCUUUCUGUUCUUGUUUUGAAGAGCAACAAAUUUAGUGGUCCAAUUCCAGCAACUGUUGGGAACAUUUCCAGUUUAACUCAACUUGAUUUGUCAGAGAAUACGCUUAGUGGAGAAAUCCCAUUUUCUCUUGCUGAACUCAAAGGUCUUAAUUCUUUAAAUGUUUCAUAUAACAACCUCUCUGGUCCUGUUCCAACUCCACUCUCCCAAAAGUUCAACUCAAGCUCUUUUGUGGGAAAUAUUCAGUUAUGUGGAUAUACUGGAUCAACUCCAUGCCCUGCUCCAGCACCUUCUCAAAAUGUCCCUUCUUCACCAUCCAAGAAAUCGAGACAUAAACAUAGAAAAUUGAGUACCAAAGAUAUAAUCCUAAUUGCUGCAGGAGCCCUUCUUAUAGUUCUGCUUGUUCUUUGUUUCAUUUUGCUGUGUUGCUUGAUCAAAAGAAGGGCAACAUCGAAGGCAAAAAAUGGUCAAACAACCAGAGCUGCUGCUGCAGCAAGGGGUGAAAAGGGAACUCCAGCACCUGGUGGUGAAGUUGAAGCAGGAGGAGAGGCUGGUGGGAAACUAGUCCAUUUUGAUGGGCCCAUGGUUUUUACUGCUGAUGAUCUUUUGUGUGCAACUGCGGAAAUUAUGGGGAAGAGCACCUACGGGACAGUCUAUAAGGCCACAUUAGAGGAUGGAAACCAGGUGGCAGUGAAGAGACUUAGAGAAAAGAUUACCAAAGGUGAGAGAGAAUUUGAAAAUGAAGUCAAUGUGCUAGGCAAAAUCCGUCACCUGAAUCUUCUGGCUUUGAGGGCUUAUUACUUAGGACCUAAGGGAGAGAAGCUUCUUGUUUUUGAUUACAUGCCUAAAGGGAGUCUUGCAACUUUCCUUCAUGCUCGAGGGCCAGACACACCCAUUGAUUGGCCAACAAGGAUGAGAAUAGCAAAGGGUGUUACUCGAGGCCUGCUGUACCUUCACACUCAAGAGAACAUAAUUCAUGGGAACCUUACAUCAAGCAAUGUGUUACUUGAUGAGGACACAACUGCUAAAAUAGCAGAUUUUGGCCUUUCUCGUCUAAUGACAGCUGCUGCAAAUGCUAAUGUAAUUGCAACAGCUGGAGCAUUAGGCUACAGAGCACCGGAGCUUUCAAAGCUCAAGAAAGCCAACACAAAGACUGAUGUGUACAGCCUUGGGGUUAUCAUAUUAGAACUCCUAACGGGGAAAUCUCCUGGAGAGGCAAUGAAUGGUGUGGAUUUGCCACAAUGGGUUGCCUCUAUAGUGAAAGAAGAGUGGACGAAUGAAGUCUUUGAUCUGGAGUUGAUGAGGGAUGCAUCUUCCAUUGGUGAUGAGUUAUUAAACACUUUGAAACUGGCUUUGCAUUGUGUUGAUCCAUCACCAUCUGCACGACCAGAAGUUCAACAGGUUCUCCAGCAACUAGAUGAGAUUAGGCUAGAGACACCUGCUAGUUCUGGACCCUCUGGUGAUGAUGGAGCAGCAGGUCCUUCAACAAGCGAGUGAGAAAAGGGUUUUAGGAGUUGGGUUUAUGUAUCUAGGCAAUAGAGUAUAAUUCUUUUAUUCUUACAAGGUAUCUUAAGAUAUUAAUUUUGUGUGCCAAUCUAUGAGUCUGUAAAUAUGAGUAUCUUUCAAUUGCUCGA